UCGCCUGUGUUCUCACUGAGGUAGUCUUCCUUCAGUGUGACUGUAGAUGUGCUCGGAGCACCGGAUUACCCAAACAGAACGCUGAACGCGCGUCUCUUUCCGCUGCGCGCUACCAACGCGUCACAUCUCACCAAAGUGCAUGAAAGACCCAGAGCAGAGGGUGAAGAAAACACCAACAAUUACCCGUUCCUGAAUCUUCCAGGCUGACAGUUCUGGAAACAUGCCGAAGCACGUGGAGGUAAGGAUGCACGAAAGCCACCUGGAACCCAUUGAGGCGAGGCCAAACUCCAAAUGGGGCACAAUAUGCCAGAAGAUGCGCAAGAACCUGCUGCUCACGCUGACUGUAUUGGGUGUGAUUUUGGGAGCGGUUUCUGGUAUGCUGCUGCGUGUUGCUUCUCCGAUCGAUGACAACAUUGUCAUGGUAAUUGCCUUCCCCGGAGAUAUUCUGAUGAGGAUGCUAAAAAUGCUCAUCCUUCCCUUAAUCAUCUCCAGCUUAAUCACAGGUCUCGCUGGACUCGACGCAAAGUCAAGUGGUCGUCUCGGUUCCAGAGCCAUGAUUUAUUACAUGACCACUACUGUCAUUGCUGCCGUGCUGGGAGUUAUCCUGGUGCUCCUCAUCCACCCUGGAAAUCCAAAACUCAAGGAGAAUCUAGGAGAAGGAGCUGAGAAUGAUGAGGUUUCCAGUCUUGAUGCCUUUUUUGACCUUAUCAGAAACCUCUUCCCUGAGAACUUGGUUCAGGCUUGCUUUCAGCAGAUCCAGACCGUUGUGAAGAAGGUGGAAGUCCAGCCUGAUUUUGAUGACACCAACAGCACUGACUAUCUGUCUAAUGCCACCAAACCACCCCCUAUUUUCAAAGACAAGAAAUCUCUCCAGUUCAAGAGUGGAAUGAACGUGCUGGGUCUAAUUGGAUUCUUCAUUGCCUUUGGCAUUUGUAUGGGCAAGAUGGGAGAGAAAGCCAGGCUCAUGAUUGACUUCUUUAACAUACUCAAUGAGAUUGUGAUGAAGCUGGUUAUCAUGAUCAUGUGGUACUCUCCCUUCGGCAUCGCCUGCUUGAUCUGUGGAAAGAUCAUCUCUAUUAAAGAUCUGGAGGUGGUGGCCAGGCAGCUGGGGAUGUACAUGGUGACGGUUAUUAUUGGUCUGAUCAUCCACGGUGCCAUAUUCCUGCCGUGCAUCUACUUUGCAAUUGUACGGAAAAACCCCUUCUCGUUCUUCAUGGGUAUCUUCCAGGCCUGGAUCACGGCUCUGGGCACAGCCUCUAGUGCUGGCACUCUGCCCGUAACGUUCCGUUGUCUUGAGGAAAACCUUGGUAUUGACAAGAGAGUUACGCGUUUUGUGCUUCCCGUUGGAGCAACAAUUAACAUGGACGGGACGGCCCUCUAUGAGGCUGUAGCUGCCAUUUUUAUUGCCCAGAUGAACGGAAUUGUUUUAGAUCCUGGUCAAAUCGUCACUGUCAGUCUUACAGCAACACUUGCCAGUGUUGGAGCGGCGAGUAUUCCCAGUGCUGGACUGGUCACCAUGUUACUCAUUCUGACAGCCGUUGGACUUCCUACUCAAGAUAUCAGUCUGCUGGUGGCUGUUGACUGGCUUCUGGAUCGUUUCCGUACCUCAGUUAAUGUGGUUGGAGACUCGUAUGGGGCUGGCAUCGUCUACCAUCUGUCCAAGGCAGAGCUGGAUGCUCUGGAUGCCCAACAUGGGAAGUCCGAUGACAUAGAGAUGAUGACCAAGACCCAGUCCUACUAUGAUGACCUCAAAAACCAUCAUGAAAACAACUCCAACCAGUGCGUCUAUGCUGCUCAAAAUUCAGUCUUAUUAGAUGAUUGCAAGGUAACCUUGGCGGCCACAAAUGGCUCAACUGCGGAGUACACACUCGUUGAGGAAGAACCUUGGAAAAACAAUUAAUGCAAGCACACAGACCCCGGCACCCCGAAAGAGGGAGAAAACAACCUAUAUUCAUGCACACAGGACAAAUGGGUUUUGUAGUUUAUUUCUAUGAUUUCUAUUCUUUUCUAACAUGUUUAACGAUAUUAUAUUGUCUCAUGUAACACAAGAAUGUGAGACCAAAAGCUCACACAUGCAGCUGACGUAAUGUUAUUGAAACGGUUACAUAAAUUAUUUGUGAUGCUAAUAAAUGUAUACAUAAACUUCCAAACAUACAUAUUUUGAAAAGGGGUGAAAAUGUGAAUUUUUCAGAAGGAGAACAGGCAGAUUAACAGAGCCAUCGCCCACCACUUUUUAAGAGAAUAUGACAGAAACCUGCUCGUCUGCCUCUAGUUCCUUUUCCCUCACGCUAUGACAGCUGAACUACCUUGCACGACACUGUAGCACCUCUUGGUCAGAGAGAAUCUUACAACCACUUCUCAGAAGGGUAAUACGCUGUUGCUAGGAUACAAAAGUAGGGACGGAGGCGACUGCACACAGAUGGAGGGUAAAGCACAAGCCGCGUUUAUUCAGAGACCCUCCUCCUCUGGAGCUCCUUUUAUCGCAUCGCUCACGGGGUGGGUUUUUUUUCUCGAUUCCGUCAAGGAAACGCACGGUGGGGUGUUUCUCAUAUGUAUGUCGGUGAAUCAGAGACACGAUAGCACAAAAACCUUUCGGGCCAUUACAUUUACCAUUUCAGGUCUUACAAGAGCCCUUCGCGUCAUUCAGAUGUACCGAAAUAUGCAAUGCAUGCCUUACGUUUAGUUUAUUAUAAAGCACAAAUGAUCUAUUUAUGUCGUACAACCAAAACAAGGCCUGAACACGUGUCAGUCACACAGUGAACAUACAGCUGAUCGCUUCAGUGUUAAAAAUCAUCGUCUUUCGAGAUUCCAGAAGUGCAUCUUUUAAAAUAACAUGCCUAUCUUUAUAUGAUUUGGUGUAGUGUGUGCUAAACCUGGACUGGCAUUAUUAACAACCCUGAUUUGAUUAUUAAUAUAUCCGUUAUUUUGAGAGCGCUCAACCCAUCUAACCUAGCCAAAUGCCUUUGCCCACUUAGAGUAUAUAUUCCGUUUUUAUUCUACAAUUGCUCUAAAUUUUGCCUGUUUUUCCUUCCACUGGUAAGAUAUAGAGAUAUACUCAGGCAUAUAAAGUAUAUACUAUAUAUAUAUAUAUAUAUAUUUUUUUUUUUUUUCCAGGAAAUGUUUUGUCAGGGAAAAUAUAUAUUGCCAAUGCAGACAGAAGAUCAUUUGUAUUAAGGUCCAGUUAGCCUGCUGGAGAGAACUGUUUACCUGUUUUUAUAAUCCACAGUUUUAAAUACCUAAUGCCUUCAUUUCUUUUCUUUUUUUGGACAUCUAUUCUAAAUGACCUUAAUUUCUUACCUCAGAGAGACAUUGCCAAGGCUAUUGUAACUAUUUGUAAGCAGUUUUCUUUUGAGCUUUGUAAAAUCACAUCUAAACUAACUACGAAGCCACGUAGUAUUACAAUGGUUAAAUGAGUUAAAUCAUAAUAAAAAGGAGGAUUUUGUAACUGAGCUGAUCCAAAACGCUACCUCUGGAUGUACUAUCCUCUUAUUCCCUCGUAUUGCAAAUGACUGUUUCUUAGCCCCGCCAUGCUGCAAAACACUCAUAGGCCCAACCUUCCAUCACUUGCCGUCAGACGGACCAAUCGACACUCCCAUUCCACAUACCUCACUAUGCCAAUCAGAGAUUCAGAAGAACUUUUUCUUUCAAAUGAGUAAUAAUUCCAGAUGAACACACUUCUUCCCUGUGUGUGAGUAUUUGUAUGAGGAUUCUUUUAAACUCUACCCAGCAUUUGACAAGGCUAAACGAAGCUAUCAAUAGAACUCUACCCUUAAUACGUAUAAUUCAUUUAAGACAUCUCGCUAUGACGCUUUGCAUACUAAACAGCUCUUUGAUGUUCUGGUGUUCUAACCCUUGCCAAGAGAAUAAAUGCCAUAUGAGCACAAGUUCAUGUUGCCACAUUAUACAGUGUGUGCAAUCAUAAAAUGUGAAUUUUAAAUGUUGUGAGUGUUGCCCAUCAAAAGGCAGACGUUUGAGACUGCUGAGAUUGUUUGGUUAUUGAGCGUCGAGCCACUCUUGUGUUUUAUCUCACUGUUAGAUGCAUGGACAUUUAGUGUUUUGCACCAGUUUCUUAAAAAGCAUGAAUUCUAAAGUGCCUCCUCGCACUUUGUGUAUAUAUUGAAAGCAGGGGCGUCGCUGGUGGGGGGAACAGCGGGCCUGAGAGCAGGGAGCCCUGCGCUAUUGUGGGGCCCCUCAGCGUCCUCUCACCCCCUCCCCCACACCACCCUCCCCAACGAAGGGACCACAGUCCACGUGUCCCACCAAGGGGUACUGACCCAAUGAAAUGUGCUGUACAAGGGGCCCAGAAAACCUAGCGAAGCCACUGAUUGUAGGUAACACUGGUAUUUUUUUUUUUUUUUUUUUUUUUUUGAGAUAGUGUUUAAUUGAUGUGACAAUUUUAAUGAAGUGUUUUUGUAAUCCUGUAGAAACUAUACCCUUUCUGUGCUGCAUAAGAUAAAAUACUAUAGUGAAAAGAAUAGAAAGGUAGUAAUUUGCUUGAGUUUAAUUCAGACUAGCUCUCUCAGCAAUUUUAUAUCAAUUAUUCUAUCUGAUCUGUGUUUGGAAUGUUUUUCCCUCCAUAAAUGUGUGUGUCCCUUACAUUUCUAUGUAAUCUAACAUCAGACUCAAAAAAAGUGAAGAUAUUUGUAUAUUAUAUAUAGCAUCUCAAAAUAUUCAAGCUAUAUUUUUGAAGAUGUUAUACAAUAAACACGAUGUCUCAAUGUGACAGUCUUAUAUAUGUGUUAUAUGUACAUCAAAAAUAUGUAACGUCAUGAAGUUCUGAUAAGAUAUGCUGAGUUUGAAGAUACUUGAUGAUAUAAAGCACAUGAAGUCUGUGUUGAGCCACAUCCACAGUAUCUGUAAAACAUUUCUCAGUUUCAUGCUGUCUAUCUUGCACUUGACUUUUCAAUGUUUCUGAUAUAUUUUAUACACACAUACAGACACACACAAAAAUUUACAGGCAAUUGUGAAACUUUUUUUCUAGAAUAACCCAGGUUUAUUAUUCUUACUUAAUCGAGUACCUCUGAAACCAUCAUUAGUGGAUGGUUUGUGUUCCUCACACUGGACUUAUAUGUAAACCCAUCUGUUCUGCUCCUCUUUUCUCUCACCCUUUUUGUGAUGUGAUGUGAUUUUUUUUUUUUUUUUAAAUGUAAAGGGAGAGAAAACUAUAGUCAAAAUGAAAGUGGUAAAUUAAAUGAUUUCCUGUGUCAUAGGUGUGAAAUAAAAGUGUAUUCAUGCAUA